AUGAAAGUCUGGGUAACAAAUCCUUCGGUGCUGAAACCAGUGAAACUAGUGUAAUCAGCAUAGACAACACAAGUCAUCAUGAAGAAACUAAAAUAAUUGGUGUAGCUGUAAAUGGAAUGGAUGAAGGAGCUAACUUGGAAGAUGAUCUCAACCAGACUGACAUGUUAUUGGAAGUCAACCAAUCAAGUGACUUAUCCAAGAAUGGGCAUGCUGGUGAAAUUGAUAAAACUACUCGUGAUCUAUGUGGGGAACCUGCUAGCAAUCAGGAGAAAAGACCGGUUAUUUCAGAUUAUGUAAUCGAUGAGCCCACAGGAAAGUCAAUGGUCAUAGAGUGCAAAGAUAUAGAUCCUAAAUCAGAAACCCAGGAAGAUGUCAGAGAACAUGAGGAAUGCAAUAAAUCUGUUGGUACUUCUUCUGAAUCACAUCCAGCACAGGAUGAAGGACUAUUACUGAAGGCCACAGAAGAUGUUGGGAAGCAUUCAUCACUGCCUACUAUAAAUUCUGAGCCAGCUGCUCAGAAUGAUUCUUCUGUUAAACAUGAUCAAGGUGGUCAGGCUGGCAAGGAAAUUUCUGGGGUUUCUGCGACGCCUGUUCAAGAUCAAAGUGGUAAUGACAUGGUUAAACAUAUUUCAUCUGGAAUCGAUGCUUUGGUUUACUCCAGUAGCCGGUGUGACAGUUUGGAAGCCAAUUGGGGAUCUGUUUCAGGCUUUAAUGGUGUAUCUCUGUAUUUUCCCCCCCUAAAGGGCAUAUCUCUUAGAUUCCCACGGCUAGUUCGAGUUCGACCUGACAAAACACCCUAGCAGGCCUCAUCAUCUAAGCAGCAAAACCAGGUGUGGCAGCAAACACAACCUUCGGUUCCAUUGUAACAGGAGCCAACGUUGAAAAGAUCCCAGGAUUGAACACACUUGGUGUGUCUCUGUCACGCAUUGACUAUGCCCCAGGUGGACUCAACCCACCCCAC